AUGAAUACCUCAUCACUGAGCUCGCAGAAUGAGCCAAUCACGAGGUACUCUCCACCAGAGAUCUCCUUAUUUAGCCCGACUUCGUUGCUUCAUAAUUUCAAUUUUAUGAGUAUCAAUGAAGAACCGACUCCAAGUAUUCAAUCGCAGUCAUACCUUUUCACCAUCCCACAGCCAUUGUAUUCCAAAUGGAAUAACGCGUUAAAUCCACAAUUUGUUUAUUUUAUUGGGGUUGUGGUGUCUUUGUUUUUUGGACUUCUCCUAACAUACAGGCUAUUGUCGUUGGCAUUCAAACGUAACAAGCAGACCUACAUCCACACUCCUACACACUCCCUUCAAAACUUCAAAGUAGCCUCAAUCUUAGCACAAGUUAUUUUCCUCGGUCUGUUUUGGUUCUUGACUAGGCUUUCAGUGGUUAUCUGGUUAAUUGUCACCACAGUUGUAGCUCUUGGGGUUGUUUUGAUCGAAUUCAGAGUUUCCGCUGUGCCAGUUGCAGAGUCGCUAUUGUUUUGGAUCGUCAAUACCGCUUUCUCGUUAGCCACCCUUAUACAAGAUUCAUUCUCAAAGCAUAAAAUCUUGGGCUUUAAUGGACCCGCUUAUGUUUUGGAGGCCCUUUUGGUAGUGAAUAGUUUAUCAAUAUUCAUAUUGGAGGUUGGUUAUUACAGACCAGGCUUUGAGGACUCGGAUCUCCCGUUCAUGGACAAGGUCAAUUUAUUUUCAUACAUAACCUUCUACUAUCUACAACCAUUGAUUGACAAAAUUUACAAGACAGAUGAUGUUGUAUUUGAGGAUUUGCCAAACAUUUUGGGCGAGCUUUCUUGCGACGAAACGAAGCCUAGGGUUUUGAAGUAUUGGAAAGAUCAAAGAGAAAAAGCAAAGAGCAAACCAGGUUUGGUAUCGAAACUUUGGGCUGUAAUUAGACGCAAGAAGGCAGAAAAUAAACCAAACUUAUUCAUUGCUAUAUUCAAAGCGUUUGCAGUUGAGUUUUACAAAAACUUUGCAUUAAAUAUUAUCCAAACAGCCUUAGUUUUUGCACAACCAUUUGUGUUGAGAAAGUUUAUUCAGUUUUUCACUGCCUACUUUUACAAUCACCAGAAACCACCCAUUAUAAUUGGAUACUUUUGGUCGUCUUUAAUGUUUGCAAUCUCAUGUGCCAACUUUAUAACAUUCAACCAAGCAUUCAAAAUCCAAUUCAACAUCGGCUGCGGUAUCCAAUCUUCGUUGACAACAAUCAUUUACGAAAAGGCGUUGCGUUUAUCCCCACAAUCUCGUAAAAACAAACCAACGGGUGAUAUUAUUAACCAUAUCACGAUGGACAUUGACAUCAUUUUUUGGUUUUGCUGGAGUCUUGGAGAAUUUAUCUCGGCUCCAUUGAAGUUGAUUGUUUGCUUGUUCUCGUUGUACAGAUUGUUCCAUAAUGCCACCUGGGCCGGUGUUUUGACUGCACUUAUUGUGACUCCAGUUGCAACCUACGUUAACGCGUCGAUGUCGAAAAAUUAUAUCCAGUUAAUGAAGGACAAGGAUGAUAGAACAAGUUUGGUCACUGAGAUUUUAAACUCUGCCAAGAGCAUCAAGUUUUAUUCAUGGGAAAAACCAAUGUUGAAGAGGUUGGGGCAUGUUAGAAAUGAGAGAGAAUUGAAAAACAUCAAGAAAAUCGGUGUUGUUAGUGCUUUGGCUCAGUUUUUGUGGUCGUGUAUACCUUUCUUUGUGAGUUGCGCCACUUAUGCAGCUUACGCGUACUUUUAUAACGUGCCCUUGACACCUGAUAUCGUUUUUCCGGCAUUGGCGUUGUUUGACUUGUUGUCGGAGCCCAUGUUAUUGAUUCCUAAUUUCAUUGUUGAUAUAAUUGAAGUGUCAACAUCAUUAUCACGUAUUGGUGAGCUACUUUGCUUAGACGAAUUGGCAGAUGAUCAGCAAGGACACGUGAAGAGGGACUUGAAUGCAAGGGAUAACACUGAAGACUCUGUAAUCGUAAAGAAUGCAACUUUUAUUUGGAAUGCAAAUGCAGAUGCUACUCUGGAAUACAGAGACGAAGAGAGUGAAGUCCAAGAAACACCAUCGACAAACAUUGCUUUGAAGGAUAUCAACUUUGUCGCAAAAAAGAGCAAACUUACUUGCAUUGUUGGGAAAGUUGGUAGUGGAAAAUCGUCUUUGAUCAAGGCUAUUUUAGGAGAUAUUCCAAUUCAGAUUCCAAAAUAUUCUGACGCCGGUGUUGCCUCUUCUCCAAGUGUUGAGACUUUUGGGUCUAUUGCUUACUGUCCUCAAAACCCAUGGAUCUUGAAUGGUACAGUCAAGGAAAACAUUUUGUUUGGUCACAAGUACGACUCUGAGUUCUACAGAAAAACAAUUAUUGCAUGUGAGUUAGUUUCUGAUUUCAAGAACUUGCCUGACGGUGAUCAGACUGUUGUUGGAGAAAAAGGUAUCUCGUUGAGUGGUGGUCAAAAAGCAAGAAUCUCUUUGGCAAGAGCAGUAUAUGCUAGAGCAGAUAUUUACCUCUUGGAUGAUGUUUUGUCCGCAGUCGAUGCGCAUGUCGGUAAAGCAUUGAUUAAGCAAGUGCUUGCUAGUGAUGGAAUCAUUGGAACUCGUACCAAGAUUUUGGCUACUAAUUCUGUUCCUGUUUUACACGAGGCCAAUGAUAUUUAUCUUUUGGCUGGCGGUGCCAUUGUUGAGCAUGGUAAAUACGACACUGUAAUGAAAACCAAAGGAGAUUUGGCCUCUUUGAUCAAGGAAUACGGCAGAAAGAAAGAAGACGAGGUUGAAGAAUCUUCAGAAGAUACAGAGGCGCCAGAACAGACACAAGUUGAAAACACCGCGUCUAUUGAUCCCAAGCAAGCACUCCAGACAGAAGAUUUAGUUGAUGAGAUCGUUGACUACGUUGGAGAGGAGAAUAGAGGCGUUGUUGAACAGGCUGUUCUACGUCGUGCUUCUUUGGUAUCCUACAACCAUUCCUACGAUAAAGACGAGGAAGAGCAAGAUGGAGUUGUCAGAAAAACUGGCCACACCGAAGAGGAGACCAGAAAAGGAACUGUUCCAUGGAGUGUUUUCAAGCAGUAUAUUGUUGCUUGCGACUACAAAUAUUUCUCUGUGUAUGUGGUGGGUACAUUACUCACCUUGUUGAUCACUGUUGGUGAAAAGUACUUGUUGAGCUAUUGGUCAGGGUUAAACAAGGAGGAAAAUGAAACAGUCAACCCUACAUUCUUUUUGAGUCUUUACGCAGCAUUUGGUGUGCUUUCCGGGCUAUUGACAUACUUGACCGCCUUAGUUAUUUGGGGGUACUGUAUUGUGAAAGGGGCCGCUUAUUUCCACAACAAAAUGGCAAACUCAGUGUUGCACUCCCCAAUGUCCUUUUUUGACACGACACCAGUUGGUCGUAUUUUGAAUAGGUUUACUGAGGACAUUGGUAAGAUUGAUAUGCACUUGCCCUGGAUGUUGAUUGGUUUUAUUACUACUGUACUUAAUGGUUUGGUUACUUUUGGUGUGAUUUUCUAUUCCCUUCCCGGAAUGUUUAUUGUUAUUGCUGCAUUAUUGUUUGUUUACAAUUAUUUCAGAGUUAGAUUCAUACCCACCGCAAGAGAGUUGAAGCGUUUGGAGUCUGUUGCGAAAUCCCCGGUUUUGGCUACCAUCCAGGAGUCCAUCAAUGGUGUUGAGACCAUCAAGGCGUUCCUUCAACGUGACAGAUUUGUUCACAAGAGUAAAAAAUUUAUCGAUGAUAAGGCGUUGAUUGGUAUUGUUAUUCAAAACUGUAACAGAUGGUUGUCGAUGAGAUUGCAAUCGAUCUCCUCCAGUAUUAUGUUUUGUACUGCUUUAUUGGCCGUUGUUACCUUGGGAGGUAAGCAUCCCAUUUUACCUAGUAUUUUGGGAUUUGUCAUGACUUAUUCAUUGACCAUAACCUAUAUCUUGAACUCAGUGGUGAGAUAUUGGGCUGAUAUGCAGUCGGGUGGGGUUGCUAUCGAGAGAAUUAUUGAGUAUUGUGACUUGCCCUCUGAAGCUCCAAUGAUUGUUGAAGGAAAGAGACCAGAAAAAUCAUGGCCAGCUCACGGUGUUGUCAAUUUCAAAAAGUAUAGCACAGCUUAUAGGGCUCACUUAGACCCGGUGUUGCGAGAGAUUGAAUUAACCAUUGCUUCUAAGGAAAAAGUUGGUAUUGUUGGAAGAACAGGUGCAGGAAAAUCAUCCUUGACGUUGGCAUUGUUUAGGAUAAUUGAAGCUACUGGGGGAAACAUUGAGAUUGAUGGAGUCAACAUUGGUGAGAUUGGGUUGUACGAUUUGAGACACCAUUUGACAAUCAUUCCUCAAGAAGCCCAUACCUUUAGAGCAUCUGUGAGAGAAAAUUUGGAUCCAUUUGGAGAAUACACUGAUGAAAAGUUGUGGAGGGUUUUGGAACUAGCACACUUGAAAGAGCAUGUGGAGAAAAUGGAGACAGAGCCAACUGAGGAAGAGAAAACGAAGAGCAAAAAUCCCGACGAACUACCUAAAAAGAGAGGGUUGGAUGCUGAUAUUGAAGAAGGUGGCUCAAAUUUAUCGGCUGGCCAGAAGCAACUUUUGUGCUUGGCAAGGGCUUUGUUGAAUGAAACCAGUAAAAUUUUGGUUUUGGAUGAGGCUACAGCUGCUGUCGACUUCCAAACUGACAAGAUUAUUCAACAGACAAUCAGAGAACAAUUCAAAGACAAGACCAUUUUGACCAUUGCACACAGAAUUGACACCAUCAUGGAUAGUGACAAGAUUUUGGUAUUGGAUCAGGGUAAGGUUGCCGAGUUUGACUCCCCAGAAAAUUUGCUCAAGGAUGAGAACAGUAUAUUCUAUUCCCUUUCAAAAGAAGGUGGGUAUAUAAAUUAG